GUAACAUGUUGAAUCAAAUAAAUUCGAAUUUCGACUUGAAACAGAAAAAAAUAUUGAACUCAUAUUGAAUAGAAAUACAUCAGCAGGACACACCACAUAUUAUGGAAAAAAACGUCAUCAAGAAAACCGUGGAUACCACAGACGACGAUUGCCAAGCGACCUAUUCACCGCUGAUCGGCAUAAUUCGUGACAUAUUUCAGUCGAUUAGAAUAUUCAUGACCGGACUGAUAUCCUGGAGACGUCGUCCCGACAAGUCAUCAUUCGACAUAAUAAAGCGUUGUGCCUUGCAAACUUUGCAAGCAAUCAGAAAUUUUAAAAUCGUUUACUACUCAUUUCCCCAAUGCGUAAAGCCAUUAUUCUUCCUAAUUAAUGGUAAGAUAGAUACCACAUGCUGGAAGGCUAAACCGGUGUACUAUCGUCAUUGCACUGAGUGGCUGCAAACGGGCACCACGGUCGGCAGAUUGAUGGAAAACCGGCCUGGUCAUUAUGAUGUUCAUGACGUUCACGUCACUGAACGCGUUGAUCAGCCAAUCAAUAGAUAAAUUCGAAGUGGGCAUCAGACGGUCGUCGAGAUGUCGAGUAAUAUAAUGUAUCUGUACAUUAUAAACUAUGACGAUGUCUAUAUGGGUAAUGAUGGUAAUAAUAUUAUUACCUACAUUUAAUUUGUAAUGUAUUUAUAGGUAUUUAAUAUAUGAACUGCAGAAGAAACGGAGUAACGAGACACUGUUAUACUGACAAGUGACAACAUUAUACUGCUACCCUAAGUAUAGAUAACAGAAUUUAUCUACGGAGCUUAUACACAACCAUUGUACAAAAUUGUGAGAAAUUGAUAAGAAAUUAAGAGAAAUUAUGAGAAAAAUUAUGAGAAAUUGAUCCAACAGUUUCAACUUCAUUAUUGAAAACAUUGUACAAUA